AUGGCAGCAGCACCACCACCACCAGCGAAAAACCAGGGUAAGGCAAAACAGCAUGUUACAGGUGCCAGGUUCCGUCAGCGAAAAAUCUCGGUAAAGCAGCCCUUGACUAUUUAUAAACAGAGAGACCUACCUACUCUAGAUAGCAAUGAGUUAGAGCCUAGUCAAGUCCAUCAUUUAAAUUCUAAUGCGUCAUCAUCAUCAACACAACAACCGAGAGACCUUCAUGCAGUUGAAACUGGGGUUGACAAGAAUGAGGAAGAGGAAGUGCAUCUUCAGCAAGUUAUCAAUGCUGCACAAAAAGCACUUUUGGGUUCGAAAAAAGAAGAAAAAAGCAGUGAUAUGUAUAUUCCCACACCGGACGCUUCGAGGAUAUGGCCCGAGGCACACAAGUAUUACAAGGAUCAAAAGUUCAAGCAGCCAGAGACAUAUAUCAAGUUUAGUGCGACAGUAGAGGACACAGUGGGUGUGGAGUACAAUAUGGACGAGGUAGAUGAAAAGUUUUAUAGAGAGACACUAUGCAAGUACUAUCCCAAAAAGAAAAACAAGUCAGAUGAGAACAAUCGAAAGUGUACUGAAUUGGAGUUUGAAACAAUCUGUGACAAGUUGGAAAAGACCAUUGAAGCACGACAACCGUUUUUGUCUAUGGACCCCAGCAACAUUCUAUCGUACGAGGAGUUGUCGUCGUACAUUGUGGAUCAGUUUAAAAGUGCAGUGAAAACAAGCAACCCGUAUAUUGUUACCAAUGGUGGGAAUCUAGAGUAUAUAUCGACGACAGCUUUAAAAGAGAGAUUGUCGAAGGAAAUAAAGUAUGAACCGUUUGUUACUAUUUUUGAUAAGAACCAAAUGUCCACAAGUGCGGUGAGACCUAUUCCCAAAUUGUUUGAGUUGUUCGGCAGACCUGUUUAUGAUCAUUGGAAGGAGAGAAAAAUAGAAAGAAAGGGCAAAACCAUCCAGCCCACACUCAAAUUUGAGGAUCCUAACUCGAACGAAAAGGAAAACGACAAUGACCCAUAUAUAUGUUUCAGACGACGUGAGUUUAGGCAAGCAAGAAAGACGAGAAGAGCCGAUACAAUUGGUGCAGAGAGAAUAAGACUGAUGCAAAAGUCGUUGCACCGCGCACGUGAUUUGAUAAUGAGUGUUAGUGAAAGAGAGAUCCUCAAACUCGACAAUUUUCAAGCAGAGCAUGAAUUGUUUAAAGCCAGGUGCGCUACCAAGGCUUGUAAGAGGGAGCUCAAUAUCAAGGGUGACGAAUACUUGUUCUUUCCGCAUAAAAAGAAGAAAAUUGUUCGUACUGAAGAUGAAGAAAGGGAGAAGAAGAGAGAAAAGAAGAAGCAAGACCAAGAACUUGCACUCAAGCAACAACAAGCACUACAGCAACAGCAGCAACAACCACCACAACCACCACAACAAGCACCAUCAAAACAAGAUGGUACAUCAACGAGCCAGCCUUAUGUCAAACUCCCACCCGCAAAAGUUCCAGAUAUGGAUCUUGUUACAGUUUCGUUGGUAUUAAAGGAAAAGAACGAAACCAUCAAACGUGCUGUGUUGGAGAAAUUGCGCAAGAGAAAGGAACACGACAAGGGAUUUAUCAAUUUGACAGACGAUCCGUAUCAGCCAUUUUUCGAUAUUUCAACCAAUAGGGCCGAAGAGUUGAGCCAUAUUCCGUAUUCGUCGAUUGCGGCCACACACUAUCACCAAUUCAACACAUCGAACUACAUGAACGACCAACUUAAAAAGCUACUUGAAGAGAAAAAACCUUUACCUGGUGUAAAAACGUUUUUGGGUUCUAACGGGGAGUUGGUACCAUCGAAGGCAUUUCCACAUUUGCUGUCGUUGCUUGAGGAAAAGUAUAAGGCGACAAGUGGGUAUAUUGAACGAUUAUUGCAAAGCGUGGAGACGCAAGAUUUUAGUUCAUACACCAAUGGCUUUAAAGAUGUUGAGCCAAAAGAAACAAAUGAACCUGUUAUGGCGUUUCCCCAGAGAAUACGUCGAAGAGUGGGCAGGGCUGGCAGGGUUUUUUUGGACCACCAGCAAGAGUACCCGCAACCGAAUUUUCAGCAAGACACAGAUCGUGUGGGAGGUAUCCCAGAUGUGUAUUGUAAAGAGGAUGCCAUUAAACGAUUACAGUCAAAGUGGAAGUUCGAUACAGAAUAUAAAACAACUGAACCAUUUAGUUUGGAUCCUUCAAAGUUGAAUGGUAUUAGUCCAUCUACGCAAUCGAUUAGAUUUGGGUCUAUGUUGUUGAAUAGAACACGUAAAUAG